CACCCCCCUUCCCCCAGCAGUUCAACACACCCUCCUCGCACGUUUUCUCUUAGAGUUAGAGCUUUUUGGUUUUGCCCCUCAAACAAACCCUAGCCAUCUAACAUCCACCACCGGCCCAGGGAGUGAGGCACUACCGCCGUUCGUCGCGCUGUCGUCGUGCUCCAGGUCUCCAACCCCUGUUCAUUCUCACAGUCUCACCAAUUGCAGCUUCUUCGUUGAGAUCGACAUUCGCGUCUGGUUUUCGUCUUCUCAGCCGCGCUUCUGCCGUCGUCAGUCAUCGUGUCCGUCGCCUGAUCGCCAUUGUCCGUCGCACUCAACAGAUCUUCCUCACACUCUGCCCAAACUGCUCAGAUCGAAGGUAAUGGCUUCUCUGCUCACUCCUCCACGCCGCACGCCUCCUCCACGUCACCGGAGCCCUUGGUCCUGAGAGUCUCGUGUUCGAUUGUCACGGCGGAGGGCCAUAUACCAACGUCGCCGAUGGCCGGAUUCUAAAGUGGGAAGGAGAUGAAGUUGGUUGGACUUAGUUUGCUGUCACCUCUUCCAAUAGUUAAAUCACAGUUGGACCGGUUGAACCAAUAAAUUAAUAAACCAAUGACUAGAGCGGUUUAAUAACCGGUCCGGUUCUCGGAACCUUGUGAAAAAGUAACAAGAAGCUUGAGAGCACCACCAUGAAGAUGGACUACAUCGGCGGAACAAGUUCUCUGAUUCGGAGAGUGUGCCACUUCUGAAUCUCACUCAUUCUCUUCUCAGAAACAGAUAAAGUUUGCUGCUUGAUCAUGUGACUGAUCAUAUGAUUUUGGGGGGUUUUUGAACUCAAGUUAUGUGCUUCAGAUUUUUUAACAAUUGAUUCACAUUACUUGCAUUUGAUAAAAAGGUAGCAUUUGCAUACACGAGUUGAGUUCAGAUAACAACGUAGGUUGAUAGAUUCAGACAAUUCAAUUUUCUUUAUUAUUAUUGUUAUUAUUGAAUCCUAGUAUAUUAACCAGAAUGUUGCCUAAGAGGAAACCACAGAACAGAGUUCCCCUUGUUCCUGUGUCGGUUGUUAUCAUCGUUGUGUCAUUCAUGUUUCUCUACUACUACUAUAUGAUGCCUAGUUCAUCCCUCAAUGGAUUGUCCAAAAAUAUGGCAUUACAUUCCGGGCAAUGCUCUAGCCAAGCAUUGGCAUUAGGGGAGAAAUUUGUUUGGUAUGCGCCGCACAGCGGGUUCAGCAACCAGCUUUCGGAAUUCAAGAAUGCGAUUCUAAUGGCAGGGAUACUGAAUAGAACCUUGAUUGUUCCUCCUAUUUUAGAUCAUCAUGCUGUUGCUCUAGGCAGCUGUCCGAAGUUUCGGGUUUUUGAUCCGAAUGAGAUUCGGAUUUCUGUUUGGAACCAUGUGAUUGAGCUCAUGCGCGAGAGAAGGUAUAUCUCUAUUGCCGAAAUUAUAGAUGUCUCAUCAUUAGUUUCUAAGUCUCUUGUCCGAGUGAUAGACCUUAGGGAUUUUGUGUCAAUAUGGUGUGGCAUCAGCUUGGAUUCGGCUUGCUUAAAUGAUUCAACAUUACAAUCCUCUGUUUCUGAAACCCUGAAGCAAUGUGGAUCCCUUAUAGCCGGGCUUCGUGGGAGUGAUAACAAGUGUGUACAUGCUAUCCGUAACGACUGCAGAACUACAGUAUGGAUUUAUGACCAAGGUGGUGGUGAGGAUGGCACAUUAGAUCCAUUCCAACCAGAUGAGCAACUGAAGAAGAAAAAGAACUUAUCAUACGUUCGGAAAAGGAGAGAUGUAUUUAAGUCUCUUGGACCUGGUUCUAAGGUUGAAUCAGCCUCACUACUGGCAUUUGGAAGCCUUUUUUCAUCCCCAUACAAAGGAUCCGAGCUAUACAUGGAUAUUCGUGAAUCCCCUCAGGAUCAAAGGCUACAAUCUUUGAUGAGAGAAAUCAAGUAUCUUCCAUUCGUCCCUGAAAUUAUGAGUGCUGGAAAGGAGUUUGCUCGCAGAACAAUAAAAGCUCCAUUUCUUUGUGCACAGCUUAGAUUGUUGGACGGGCAGUUUAAGAAUCAUCACAAGGCUACAUUUCAAGGGUUAAGACAAAGCUUAGAAUCUUUAAGGCAGAAAGGCUCCGAACAAAUCCAUAUAUUUAUAAUGACUGAUCUGCCAAGAGAUCAUUGGACCGGAACCUACUUAGGUGAUUUAGUUAAUGAUGCACAUAACUAUAAAGUGUAUUUCCUAAGAGACACUGAUGAAGUGGUCAGACAAGCAGCCGUAAAACUCAUGGCGGCAGGUCAUGGGCAGAGGUUCAUUACGAACUCCAAAACUGUGGCCGGUAAAAAGUAUUGUUCCAAUCCAUCAUUACCUGAUGUACUUCUUUAUGUUGAGCAGGCUGUCUGUGGCUGUGCAUCUCUUGGUUUUGUUGGAACUUCUGGAUCGACCAUUGCUGAAAAUAUCGAACUAAUGAGAAAAUAUGGCUCGGGUUAUUGUCGGAGUUAACACCUACAUGGAAGAUCACCUUCAAUCUUUGAGUCCUAUUGGAUUGAUUGGAAUUGUAAUUAUGCUGUGCCUGGAGAUGAUUUCAUAACUGGUAUUUCGUUAUCGGUUGUCUCCAAACCAUAGUCGUGUCAAGAAACACGAUACACUUCGGUUGAGGCCGUUUUUCAUACUUUGGAUAUGAAUCUCAACUAACAAUGCUGGUAUCUAAAAUGUAGUUGCAGCAAGUGUUUCACAUUUUACUUGGCUGGUACCCCUUUUGGAUGGGGAUGGUGUCCAUAGAAAAAGGUAACUUUUCUUUUCAAGCACUUAGAAUUCAGAAGCUUUUUAUUGUUUUGGCGUCUAAAACAAACACCACCAUCAGAUGUUUUGUUAAUUCUUUCUGUAUGCUGAUGAAUGAACAUGUUUAUUAAAGUUUGAAGUGGUAGUCCCUUCUAGCAUUAGGACUUAUUGUUUGUAAUUUAGAGGCGUAAAUGCUUAAUACUGUGGAUUGAGGUUUGAAUUAUGUGAGGCAAGUUACUACUACUCAUCAGUCAUAUCUCACUUAACCGGUUCAACUAGUAAUUUAUUGGUUCAACUGGCGCGUAUCAGCGAGUUGAUCCUUGGUUCGAGUUUAAUAUCUAUGUCAAGGGUUACAAGUCAAAACAUUUCUCAAAGUUGGAUGAGGACGACGAAUCAGGUUGUCCAAGUUUGUAAUUUUAAGGCGUAGGAUGCCAAUAAUUGUAAUUACGAAUUAGGCAAUUCUCCGACAUCCUUUGAGAAUUAAAGGGUAAAUUAUAUUUUUAUACAUUAUUGCAUAAUAAA